ACAUAAGAGAGGUUUGGUAAUUUCAUUUUAACUUGGUCUUGUCGUUCACAGAAUCAGAAUUCUCAUCGACGAUGGCGAGCACCCUGCGACGCGCGGCGAGCCAUGGUUGUGCCCUACGCGCCACCCUGGCCCGGCGUUUCUCCACCGAUGCAUUGGUCGAGGCCAAACCAGGCGAGAUCGGAAUGGUUUCUGGAAUUCCUCAAGAACACCUUCGUAGGAGGGUUGUAAUUUACUCUCCUGCUAGAACUGCUUCUCAACAAGGAUCUGGGAAGGUUGGAAAAUGGAAGAUCAACUUCUUGUCUACCCAAAAGUGGGAAAAUCCACUGAUGGGCUGGACAUCUACUGGGGACCCGUAUUCCCAUGUUGGUGAUUCUGCCUUGAGUUUUGAUAGUGAAGAAGCAGCAAAGGAAUUUGCAAUGAGACAUGGUUGGGAAUAUGUGGUCAAGAAGCACCACACACCAUUGCUGCAGGUUAGGUCAUAUGCAGACAACUUUAAAUGGAAGGGCCCACCGAAAUUUGAUGAAGAGUGAUUUGUUGGUUUGUAUUCUUGUUCAUGUAUUUCAGGAGUUUCAAAGUGAAGCAGUUUUUUUCCGCAUCUUUUCUUGGAAAAAGAAAGUUUAAAUGUGAACUCCUAAUUAAAAAUAAAUGGGACUGAUCUGCCAUUGCCCUAGUUGUCCUCUAUGAUAUAGAUGACUAUUCACUUGCAUGUAUUUUGGAUUGAUUCAGACCCUACCUUGUUACCUGGAACCAAUCUGAUCCACAACAACUAGUGCUCCUGAGAAACGAGAAAUGUUUGUUGAUAUACUUUUAAGAGUAAUACACUCAAUGGCCUGAUAAAAUCAAUCUAACGGCACAUAUUCAAUUUCUGUGA